AUGUAUGUUUUCCCUCUGCAGAUCUUUGACGUGACCUGGGUUCCAUUCCAGCCGAGCCGAUUGGUCAGCUGUGGAGUCAAACACAUCAAGUUCUGGACUCUGUGCGGGAACGCUUUGACGCCAAAGCGAGGGAUUUUUGGGAAGGUGGGCGACCUGCAGACCAUCCUGUGUGUGGCAGCAGCCAAAGACGAGGUGACGUAUUCCGGCGCAUUGAACGGAGACGUGUACGUGUGGCGUGGAAUCACGCUGAUCCGGACCAUCCAGGCGGCACACGCGGCGGGAAUCUUCAGCAUGCACGCCUCCGAGGAAGGUUUUGCCACAGGAGGACGAGACGGCUGCGUCCGACUGUGGGACUCAGACUUUAAACCCAUCACCAAGAUCGACUUGAGAGAGGCGGAGCAAGGAUACAAAGGUCUGUCAAUUCGCAGUGUGUGCUGGAAGGCUGACUGUAUCCUGGCAGGGACCCAGGAUAGUGAGAUCUUUGAGGUCAUGGUCCAAGACCGGGACAAACCAGUUCUGCUGAUGCAGGGCCACAGCGAGGGUGAGCUCUGGGCCCUGGACCUUCACCCCAAACAGCCUGUUGCCAUCACUGGAAGUGAUGAUCGCUCUGUCAGGUUGUGGAGUCUUCCUGACCACACUCUGCUCGCUCGCUGUAACAUGGAGCAGUCUGUCCGCAGUGUGUCCUUCAACAGUGAUGGUUCCCAGCUGGCUCUGGGCAUGAAGGACGGCUCCUUCACUGUGCUGCGUGUCAGGGACUUGACAGAGGUUGUCCACAUCAAGGACAGGAAGGAGGUGCUCCACGAGCUGAAGUUCUCUCCAGACGGCUCGUUCCUGGCUGUGGGCUCCAAUGACGGGAUUGUGGACAUCUACGCUGUGGGGCAGCGCUACAAGAAGGUGGGCGAGUGCAGUCGCUCCACGUCUUUCAUCACCCACCUGGACUGGUCCACAGACAGUCACUUCCUGCAGACCAACGAUGGUGCCGGAGAGCGUUUGUUCUAUCGCAUGCCAGCAGGGAAGCUUGUCCCGAAGGAGGAGGUGAAGGGGAUCCACUGGAAAACCUGGACCGGGGUCAUUGGGACAGAGGUCAACUGCAUCUGGCCCAAAUACUCCAGUGUCACCAACAUCAACUCUGUGGACGCUAACUACAGCAGCGGCGUGCUGGUGAGCGGUGACGACCUCGGCCUGGUCAAACUCUUCAGGUUCCCCUGUCUGAAGAAAGGGGCGAAAUUUAAGAAAUACAUCGGACACUCAGCCCAUGUGACAAACGUGCGCUGGUCCAAUGACCUGCAGUGGGUUGUUAGCACCGGCGGGGCUGACCACGCCGUCUUCCAGUGGAGGUUCUUACCUGAGGGUGUCAUGAAUGGCGUCCUGGAGCCCCUCCUACAAGAGGGUUACGCCGAUUCAAACAGUGGCGAGUCCGACUCUGACGUGUCAGACGUGCCGGAGCUGGACUCUGACAUCGAACAGGAAGCUCAGAUCAGCUAUGAGCGUCAGGUUUAUAAGGAGGACCUGCCACAGCUUAGGAAGAAGCCGAUUGGUUCCCUGAAGUGCCAGAAAGCUCCGGAGGAGGGGCUUCGCCUGCAAUUUGUUCACGGGUAUCGUGGCUUCGACUGUCGUAACAACUUGUUCUACACUCAGGCGGGGGAAGUGGUCUUCCACGUAGCCACCGUUGCUGUGGUCUACAACCGACUGCAGCACAGCCAGCGCUUCUACCUGGGUCACGACGACGACAUCCUCAGCCUCACCCUCCACCCGCUCAAAGACUAUGUUGCCACUGGACAGGUUGGACGAGACCCAGCGAUCCAUGUUUGGGACAUCCAGACUCUGACGUGUUUGUCAUUACUAAAAGGCCACCACAACCAAGGAGUGUGUGCUUUGGAGUAUACAGUGGAUGGGAAAAGUCUGGUUUCAGUGGGCAUCGAUGAAUGUCACUCCAUCGUUGUUUGGGACUGGAAGAAAGGAGAGAGACUGGCCAAGGCACGGGGCCACAAAGACAAAAUCUUUGUGGUGAAGAGUAAUCCUUUCCGGAUCGACAAGAUGGUGACUGUGGGCGUGAAGCACAUCAAGUUUUGGCAGCACUCAGGUGGUGGCCUCACAUUUAGACGAGGGAUUUUUGGAAACUUGGGCAAGCAGGAGACCAUGAUGUCAGUGAGUUACGGGCGCUCAGAGGACCUGGUCUUCUCCGGUGCCACCAAUGGAGACGUUUACAUCUGGAGAGACACGUCGCUUAUCAAGACCAUCAAGGCUCACGAUGGCCCCGUGUUCGCCAUGUGCUCUCUGGACAAGGGCUUUGUGACUGGAGGAAAGGACGGCGUGGUGGCGCUCUGGGAUGACAUGUUUGAGCGAUGUCUCAAAACGUAUGCCAUCAAGAGGGCUGCGCUCUCACCGGCAUCCAAAGGACUGCUGCUGGAGGACAAUCCGUCCAUUAGAGCCAUCACUCUGGGACAUGGACACAUCCUGCUGGGAACCAAAAAUGGAGAAAUCCUGGAGAUUGACAAAAGUGGCCCGAUGACACUCCUGGUCCAGGGUCACAUGGAGGGCGAGAUCUGGGGAUUGGCAGCUCACCCUCUGCUUCCUGUCUGCGCCACCGUCAGUGACGACAGAACUCUGAGGAUCUGGGAGCUGUCAGCCAAUCACCGCAUGGUCGCCGUGCGGAAACUGAAGAAAGGGGGUCGCUGCUGCUCGUUCUCUCCCGACGGUAAGGCUUUGGCGGUCGGCCUGAAUGAUGGCAGCUUCCUGGUCGUCAAUGCUGACACGCUGGAGGACAUGGUGACCUUCCACCACCGGAAGGAGCUCAUCUCUGACAUCAGAUUUUCACAGGACACUGGAAAGUACCUUGCUGUUGCUUCCCAUGACUCCUUUGUGGAUAUUUACAACGUCCUGACCAGUAAGAGAGUGGGAAUCUGUAAAGGAGGGAACAGCUACAUCACCCACAUUGACUGGGACUCCAGAGGUAAACUGCUGCAGGUCAACACGGGAGCCAAAGAACAUCUGUUCUUUGAAGCACCACGAGGACGUAAACAAGACAUCAGUGUGCCGGAGUUGGAGAAGCUGGAGUGGACAACCUGGACAUCAGUUCUUGGCCCAACCUGUGAGGGAAUCUGGUCAACGCUUAGCUUUGUCAACACCGCCGCCCUCACCAAAGAUCGCAGACUUAUUGCCACGGGAGAUGACUUUGGGUUCCUGAAACUCUUCCGCUUCCCAUCCAGGGGCCAGUUUGCCAAGUUUAAGAAGUAUGUGGGCCACAGCACUAACGUGACCAACGUCCGCUGGUCCAACGAGGACGACAUGCUGCUGUCAGUGGGCGGGGCUGACACGGCGCUGAUGAUCUGGACCAGAGAGCCACUGAGCCACAAAGACAGUAAAGCCGUGGACAGCGAAGAGUCUGAUAAUGACAUGGAGGAGGACGGAGGGUACGACAGCGAUGUAGCUCGGGAGAAGGCAGUCGACUACAUUACCAAGAUCUACUCUGCCAGCAUCCGGAAGAUGUCAGGAACCAAACCUCACCUGCAGCACAAAGAGCUUCCUGUGGAUGAGCGGCCUCCGGUGAGCCGAGCAGCACCGCAGCCUGACAAACUGCUGAGGGACAGUGUGGCCAAGAAGAACAAAGCGGUGGAGGAACUGCAGCUAGAACAUGUGUUUGGCUUCAGAGGCUUCGACUGUCGUAACAACCUGCAUUACCUCAACGAUGGCACCGACAUCGUCUUCCACACCGGCACCGCCGCCGUACUUCAGAACCUGUCUGCCGGGACUCAGAGUUUCUACCUGGAGCACACAGAUGACGUCCUCUGUCUGACUGUCAAUCAACACCCCAAAUAUCAGAACGUCAUCGCCUCGGGGCAGAUCGGUGACACCACUGAGCUGCCAGGCCUUGCACCGUCAAUCCACGUGUGGGACGCUGUGACCAAACAGACACUUUCCAUCCUUCGCUGUUCACAUGCUAAAGGUGUCGGCUACGUGAAUUUCAGCGCCACUGGAAAGCUGCUGCUGUCAGUGGGCGUGGACCCUGAACACACCAUCACAGUGUGGAGAUGGCAGGAAGGUACCAAGGUGACCAGUAAAGGAGGUCAUGCUGAGCGAAUCUUUGUGGUGGAGUUCAGACCAGACUCUGACACCCAGUUUGUGUCUGUGGGAAUCAAGCACAUCAAGUUCUGGACGCUGGUGGGCGGGUCACUGGUCUACAAGAAAGGCGUGAUUGGCUCGGUGGAGGAAGGGCGCAUGCAGACCAUGCUGUCCGUGGCGUUUGGCGCAAACAACUUGACGUUUACUGGCGCGAUAAACGGAGACGUGUAUGUUUGGAGGGAGCACAUCCUGGUGCGGCUGGUGACAAAGGCGCAUAGCGGGCCAGUCUUCACCAUGUACACCACGCUGAGGGACGGACUCAUCGUUACCGGAGGGAAGGAUCGGCCGACCAAAGAGGGUGGGGCCGUGAAGCUUUGGGACCAGGAGAUGAAGCGCUGCAGAGCCUUUCAGCUGGAGACGGGUCAGUCGGUGGAGAAUGUCCGGUCUGUCUGCAGAGGGAAGGGUAAAAUCUUGGUGGGAACCAAGGAUGGACAGAUCAUGGAGGUUGGCGAAAAGAAUGCUGCAUCCAAUACCAUGAUCAAUGGACACACCCAAGGAGGGAUUUGGGGGUUGGCGACUCACCCCUUCAAAGAUGUCUUUAUUUCUGCUAGUGACGAUGGAACCAUCCGCAUAUGGGACCUGAGCGAUAAGAAACUUCUGAACAAGGUGAGUUUGGGUCACCCUGCAAAGUGCACCUCCUACAGCCCCAAUGGAGAGAUGGUCUCCAUUGGCAUGGAGAAUGGAGAGUUCAUCAUCCUGCUGGUCAACUCCCUGACGGUCUGGAGCAAAAAGAGAGACCGCAGCGUCCCAAUCCAGGACAUCCGGUUCAGUCCAGACAACCGGUUUUUGGCAGUGGGUUCAGUUGAGGGUGCUGUGGAUUUCUAUGACCUUUCUCUUGGACCAUCUCUGAACCGCAUUGGCUACUGUAAGGACAUUCCUGGCUUUGUCAUCCAGAUGGACUUUUCUGCUGACAGCAAACAUAUCCAGGUUUCCAGCAGUGCCUACACUCAAAAGGUGUAUGAAGUUCCUUCAGGGAGUGUUGUCACUGACCAGUCCCUGAUUGACAGAAUCACAUGGGCCACAUGGACCAGCAUCCUGGGUGAUGAGGUUCUUGGUGUUUGGCCCCGUAACGCUGAGAAAGCUGACGUUAACUGCGCUUGUGUUUCACAUGCGGGCCUUAACAUAGUCACUGGAGAUGACUUUGGUCUCAUCAAGCUGUUUGAUUUCCCUUGCGUGGAAAAAUUUGCAAAACACAAGCGUUACUUCGGGCACUCUGCACACGUGACCAACAUUCGGUUCUCUUGUGAUGAUAAGUUUGUCGUCAGCGCCGGUGGCAGUGACUGCAGUUUAUUUGUGUGGAGAUGCCAGUGACAGAAAAAGACGAAAACCGGUGUGAAGCGGUCUGAAACUGAACAGUGGUUUGGCUCACGGCUCGAACCCUCGUGUCGGCUGAAGCAUGGCCUCUGGGAAGCUCCUCCCCCUGUCUGUGAUGUCAUUCCUGCACAUUGUUGUGAAGAUGUUUCAUGAGAUCUUUGAAAAUGUGAUUUCUAAAAAGGGAACAUGUAGCUGUUUUAUCGUAGCACGUUUUCAGUGUCGGUGCCUUUUCUUAACCCAAGCGUGUGAUAAAGUUUUCUUUAUUAAAGUGGUGCUACAAACUUGCUGAUUUAGGGCUUUUAACAACGUUAA